GGGUCUUAUCCUCCAUAGCAUAGCCAGCAGCCACUAGGGUACCCAAUCUCUCUAGAGUAUAUGGAGACUAUAUAAAUAGGAGUGGUGCACUCAGCGCAUGACAGAGCGUGGGCAGCACAAUCACACUUUCAUUAUUCUCCUCCGUUGUUGAUACUGGCCACAGCCCUCUUUGAAACAUGGAGACACAUAUUGAUACUCACUCUCAGUUAAUUAAACGUCUCAGGGCACAGCCUGUCUCUGUUCCCAGCCUACUACCCAUCUUCUCAUCUUGGCCUGGAGCCGUUAAUCCUCACUGGAGGGCUUUGGUUCCUGUGAUAAAUGCAAGAAUUGACAGCCUAUUCCCAGAGCCAGUGAAGGCUACAAAGCUCAAGAGGUGUGACUUUGCUCAUCUCGCCGCGACGCGGUGGCCCCUGGCUGGCUUCAAGGAACUUUAUAUUCUCGCCUUCUUGUCCCUUUGGCUCGUCACCUGGGAUGACCAAAUUGAUGAUGACACGAAAGAUUCCUUGAGCAACGACUUUGAAGCUGCUGAGCAGUACCGUCGUGAAACCCUUUAUUUUGUGGCUCAAUGUCUUGACCUGGAUCUCACUAAAGGCUUACCCCGUAGUUACAAUGACUCUAUUUUUGUGCCAGACGACCCUAUUGUCCAAAGUUUUGAUGUGAUUGGCGAAGCACUUCGUGAUGCAUAUACUUAUGAACAACGGCACGGGUUUCUUAAGGAGAUGUCUCUUUUCCUGGUAACGUCACAUAUGGAGCAGAAAGCAAAACUCGAAGGGCAGAUCCCCAGUCCCGAAGUGUACUGGAGAGUGCGAAUGGGCACCAGUGCAGUUGGUGUGAUAUGUGCUGUUAAUGAAUAUAGUCUUCGGUCAGUGAUACCCCGUGCUAUCAUGGAGGAUUAUGAUAUGAGAGCAAUAUGGAAUGAAGUGAACGUCAUCGUUUCAAUGUAA